AGGGGUGGUGGCGAUCUUACGAAAGGCAAAUUUUCUCAGAAGCAACCGAACGGUGCUGUAGUACGGAAGUCGAAUUUAAAUUUGCCGCGAGCUGGACUCUGAACGAAAGUGCACGGAUAGGUGAAAAUUUGCGGCGACGUUACGAAACGAACGUUGUGCGUGGGAGCUGCUGAAUUUGUGCGGCAGAGUGUAAUUGAAUUUUCUGUCGCGCUGCUAUCUAGUAGAUAGUGAACGUAAAAGUUUGUGCUUUCGGUUGUGUAUUAUGGUUUUGGAUUGACGGUUUCAUAAAAGGACGCGUGAAUUUAGCCCAAUUUAGUGUGUCUAGGCCAAGCGAGGGGAAGGCAGCCAGGUCGUAGUUCUCGGAUGUUGUGAUAGUUUGUUCGAUUCGACUUCAAGGGAGUUGAAAUAUAACUGAGGAUUCAUAAGUUACUUCUAAUCGAAAAUGUCCACUGGGAGUCCUAAGAAAGAUGUCAACCUGGAUAUGCAGCUACUCGGCAAGCCGUCGUCACCUUCCAGAAAUGGUGACAUGAUAGUGGACGAUAAUUAUGAUCCACAUCUUCAUCGGAACCGGCCCCAUCCAACGACAAAUUUUGAAACGUUGGUGCACCUGCUCAAGGGGUCGCUGGGGACGGGAAUCCUUGCCAUGCCACAGGCCUUCUACAAUGCCGGCUACUUAUCGGGUUUCAUCAACACCAUUCUGAUUGGCAUCCUGUGUACCUACUGUCUGCACGUGCUUGUGCAGGCGCAGUAUAUGCUGUGCAAGCGACAUCGAGUUCCUAUUCUGACCUAUCCGAUUUCGAUGAAGAUGGCCCUGGAGGAAGGGCCGGCAUGUUUGCGACGGUUUUCCGGCUAUGCAAUUGUAAUCGUUGACGGAUUUAUGAUCGUCUAUCAAUUGGGAAUAUGUUGCGUGUACAUAGUGUUCGUUGCAACGAAUAUAAAACAGCUUGUCGACGUCUAUCUAAAUCUGGAUGUGAAAAUUCAUUGCAUGAUCCUGCUAGUCCCACUGAUUGGCAUCAACAUGAUCCGAAACCUCAAAAUUCUGGCUCCUUUCUCUUCACUUGCCAACGUGAUUACUUUCGUAGGUAUCGGCAUGAUUUUGUACUACGUUUUGGACGACCUGCCUCCGCUCUCGGAACGCGACGCUGUCGUUGAUGUUGGACGUUUUCCAUUGUUCUUCGGAACGACGCUAUUUGCUCUUGAAGCUGUCGGAGUGAUCAUAGCGCUGGAAAACAACAUGGCAACGCCAAAGUCAUUCGGAGGAGCUUUCGGUGUACUGAACGUAGGAAUGACUGUUAUCAUCGCCCUAUACGCUGGAAUGGGAUUCGUGGGCUAUUGGAAGUACGGUGCCGAUGCGAUGGGAAGCAUAACUUUGAAUCUCCCCGAAAUGGAUAUUCUGUCACGAAGCAUUCGAGUUCUGUUCGCGGUGGCCAUCUUCAUCUCGUAUGGGUUGCAAUGCUACGUUCCUGUUGAUAUCAUUUGGAAUGUCUAUCUGGUUCAGAGAUACAAGGACUCUAACAACAAAUUCGUAUACGAGAUGCUGGUUCGCAUCGUGGUUGUAAUCGUUACUUUCCUACUGGCUGUGGCAAUUCCUCGUCUUGGUUUGUUCAUUUCGCUGUUCGGAGCCCUCUGUUUAUCGGCUCUUGGAAUCGCAUUCCCGGCCAUUAUGGAAAUCUGUGUACUUUGGCCCGACAAGCUAGGACCCGGAAAACUGAUUCUCUGGAAGGACAUCAUUUUGAUUUUGUUUGGCAUCAUUGGACUCGUAGCCGGAACCUACACCAGCGUUCGCGAUAUCAUCAUCAGUUUUCAAUAGAAAUCAGUAUUUUGUUUUCAAAAAGCAAUCCUAUGUUUAGUAUAAAACUAGCAUAUUUCUCGCAAAUGCUCAUAGAACUUAUCGACCUAAACUGCUAUAAAUAGUCCAGAUCCUUAAACAUUAGAGAAGUAGAUUUUUUGCUACCAAAGUAGUGAGAACAAGCAAUUGCCCCACUAUGAGCUACAAGAAAAAAAAAAACAAAACUACGUACAUGGACCUGCGGCGUCCAGUAAACAAAAACCAAUAACUCAAGAAAUGUAGACUGCUUAAAAUAAUACAGUGAACGGCCUUGACAGCACCAGUAGAAGCUGCGCACGCGGUAGUUGGAAGUUCAAUCCGAUUGCAGCAUCGAAUUGACAGCGCUGGCCAACAUAUCAAUUGCACUCAGUAUCGGGGAUUUGUGUUUAGCCGAAACAAUAGACACGAUUCGGACAAAUUGUCCUCGCGCAAUCUGUCGCCGAACGCAUAAAUGUUGUUUUUCCGUGAUUUUAGAUCAAUUUAUUAUACCGUACAUAUGUUAAGCUUUUAUUAUCUUUGAGGCUCUUAAUUCGUAGGAGAAAAUUUCUCAUGAUUAACUUUGAUUGCGAGCCUUUGUACUACAUUUGUUUGUAACUGUUUAUUUAAGUACCUCUGACCAAUUGGCCAUGCCAAACCACUCGCUCAAAGCGUUCGUUGUAAUAUAAUUUAAUUAAUAAAGCGUACAUAUUCGCAAAAGCAGAAAUAAGAAA